UUACAGGAGCUAAGGUGAACCACAAGAUGAUGCAGGAGGCAAGUUCCCCUCUACUCCUUAGUACAGUUAAGCACAAGGAGCCUCAUAAGUGUCAUUCAACUUUUCCUCCAGCCUAAGCCUAAAUAGCCAUGGAGGACAGUACCCAGUGCGGGGAGGACAUGCCCUCAGUAAGUCUAAGAACUGGGCACCUUCCAUCAUCACACCCCAGUACAAGUCAGUAAACCUGACAGAUCACAACACGAGGUGUUUGCGGGCAAGAACGAAAACGCUGCCUCAUGUACGGGCGAGAGUUCACUCACUCGUUCACUCACUCACACACGAUUGUCUCAGCACGUUCCUGCAAUGCUUGAAACUAACAAGGAAAACCCUCUUCAUGUGCACCCAACACGCACUACACACGCAGGCCGAGCAACGCCUCCCAAAGUGGGAACGAGCGCCCCGCCUUCCGGCCUUUCUUCCUAUUCUAUACCACGCCUAAUCGGGGGGCGGAGCCAGCCCUGCUGCAGUUUAUACUGCCCCGGAGCUUUUUCUUCUUGCGCAAUCCGGCAAUUGAAUCCACAAAACGAACUGAAGGGCGGGGAAAAGGAAAGGCGACCAACCGAGAGCGCGUCUUGUUCAAACCAACCAAUAGAUACAGGGCGUCGCAGAUGACUGACAACGCGGGUCAGGUGUGGCUCCUGCCAAUAAGCUCAUGCUUGUGAGGUUUGACAGGCGCACGCAGGCACCGGAGAAGAGGGUGAGAGCCCCGUCAGGCUCUAUUGUUGGCGCGCGGGCGCUCACUGAGGCUUCGAACGGACCGAGCUAGCAACGGCGAUUUCCUGGGAUUAAUCAAAUCACUUAAAAAGCCCGCUAGCUUCGCCUGCUGGGGGUUGCUCGUGCUUUUGUUUGGAGUUCUUUUUUUGCGUCUCUCUUCUGAAGCAGUUGUAAAAGAAUCUUGACACAAGGCUGGUGGCAGCUCUUUUUUGGUCAUGUCUCGACGAAGCCAACGCAUUAGUGGGACUUACCGCAAUUAUCAAAGUGAGGAUAAUGGCAACAAUAGGAUCAGUGGAGGAAGUUCUCUGUUAAGUGGACCUCAGCCUCUCUUUAUAGAGAAUUCAAACAGCCAAACUCUGAGAAGGAAACCAAGCAGUGUGAAACGUAUCUCUCCUGCACCUAGCCUAGGGAUCAGUUCUACUCCCCACACUACCUCCUACUACAGUGAGUCUGUAAUUAGUGAGUCUUAUCUGACUGAUGACAAAGGAUUUUCUCUUAAAACUAGUGCGGCCUUUGAUGAGCCAUUGGAAAGCAGUUCUUAUUGGAGUGAGGAUCUUUCAUUGAGAAGGAGAAGAGGUACGGGAGGCAUCGAGUCCAGUAAGAAAAUCAAUGGAUUAGGAGAUAGGAAGACUUACGACAUCUAUGGUUCUUCAUCUGGUUAUUCCUCUGAGGAUGACUACACAGGUGGUUCUUCCAUGGACCAGAAUACAUCCAGUUUGGGGUUCAAGAGUGUCCUCUCCAAAGUAGGCUCCAUUCUUUGGCUGGUGCUUUCAGCCCCAGGACGGUUCUUUGGCUUGUUAUACUGGUGGAUUGGGACCAUGUGGUAUCGUCUAACAACCACAGCCUCUCUCCUGGAUGUCUUCCUUUUAACACGGAGUUAUCCAGUGUUGAAGAAGAUACUGUUGUUUAUGCUUCUGCUUUUGCUCCUGAGCUCUGUUGGUUAUGGUGCCUGGUAUUUUUAUCCCUUUGGGCUCCAACCUCCUAUGUUUCCUUGGGGAACAGUGAAAUUAUUUCCUUCUGGCACAAAGAAGGACCAUGAAAUGGGAGAGACUGCUAUAUUUUUUGAGGUUUUGUCUCAGCUCCAGGCUCUGGAAAGACGUUUUGAGACCCUGGAAACUGCAGCUUCUAUAGAAGAAUUACAGAAAAGAAAGAACACAGAAGGUGCCAUUCUGUCACAUGAGAAUAUCCUGGUGCUUUUGAAUGAGCUGAUGACUCAGCAAGAGGCAGCCAUGAGAGAGAAGCUUCACACAGACAUAGAUCUUCAUCUCCAGCAGGUGGAGACCCGGAUGCUUGAGAAGACAGCUCAGUGGCAAAGCUCCACAAAAGAAGGCCUAAUGAAUAUUUUGCGAAAGGAAAUGGAUAAAUCGAAGGAACAUCUAUCAAAUCUGAAAAAAGAACUUGUGACUUUGGGUUCUGAUCAGAAGGCCUUGUCAAGACAAGUGGAAUCUCUUCCAGGGCAGAUCAAGGAAAUGCGAGAAGAUAUGGAAAUUCAGUUUCCGACAUGGUUUAGCCAAUUCCUGUCCCGAUCUAGAGAGGAUAAAACUGGAAAACCUUUUGUCCAGCAUGAAGAAUUACAGGAGCAACUACGCAAAUUGGAGCACAAGAUCCUUGCAAAGAUCUUGAAGGACCAAGAAUUGUCUGUGCAGGAUGUUGGGGUCACCCUUCACAAAGAAGGAAUUACAGGAGUAACUGAAGAGCAAGUUCAUCAUAUCGUGAAUGAUGCCCUGAAGCGCUACAGUGAAGAUCGCAUUGGAAUGGUUGAUUAUGCCCUUGAAUCUGGAGGGGCCAGUGUUAUCAGCACUCGUUGUUCAGAAACCUAUGAAACCAAGACUGCACUUCUUAGUCUUUUUGGCAUACCAUUGUGGUAUCACUCCCAGUCUCCAAGGGUCAUUCUACAGCCAGAUGUCUAUCCUGGAAAUUGUUGGGCCUUCCAAGGCUCCCAAGGUUUUGCUGUCAUUCGCCUUUCAAGCAGGAUCCAUCCCACUGCUGUGACGUUAGAGCAUAUCUCCAAGUCGCUUUCCCCCAGGGGAACCAUUCCCAGCGCUCCCAAGGACAUUGCAGUCUUUGGCUUAGAGGAAGAAGGGCAACAAGAAGGUGUCCUCCUUGGGAAGUUCACAUACAAUCAAGAUGGGGAUCCUAUCCAAACCUUCCACUUUCAGGAUAUAGACAGGGAGGCAGCCUUCCAGCUGAUGGAGCUAAGAGUUCUCAGCAACUGGGGCCAUCCAGAAUACACCUGCAUUUAUCGUUUCCGUGUGCAUGGGGAGUUAGUCUCAUAAUAUCUCCUUGAACCACUAGCUCAAAAGUCACCUACCUCAAGAUCUGCAUUUCAGACCGUGAAAGUAUAACUGGAGAAGAAAGAAUUUACUUCAAAAGAGAAUUUGGAAUGCAUACUAGGCCUGACUUUCAGGGUGAAAGCAGACUGUGUUUUUCUAUGCCCGAUCCCCACGGAGUUUUCUUUAACAAGAUUGAUUAAGAACAAAUGGAUGAUGUGACAACUACUUUGCUUCAGAUUGAGAAUAGAAUAGUUUUAGACCCAGAUGUGGGUUAUACUGUUCUUAUUUUGGUGUAGUGCCUGGGUUAUUUUGUAUAUUAUAUUUUCGAUUCUAAUCCUUUGUGUGUUGCUCAGAGUCCCUGCUGUGAGGCAGGCACCACCCUAAUCAGGGGACUGGAGGCUAAAACAUAUAAGGAACUGUUGCUGGAAUUGGGUUUGUCUAGUCUAAUGAAGAGAAGGACGAGGGGGGACAUGAUAGUCUUCCAGUAUCUCUGGGGCUGCCCCAAAGA